AUGGCGGAUAGGCCUGACUCCACUACACGCGGCCUUAAAAUGAUAUACCCUGAAGCAACAGGCCCUAUCAACAAAGCGACAGACACGAUCGAAGAGAUCUUUAACAGAUUUUGCGCAAAGCUGUCUCACAGAGCAAAGCAAACUGCAUCACUACAAGAGGUAACCACGGGUGAACGUAAAAGUGACAGGAAGAGGCCUGGGAAGCCCCUUAAAGGCGGGAAG